GUCACUUGCCAACUGCUAGGGGCAUGUACCGACAUAUCAGCAAGUUAGCAUUUUUACUCAUACCCAGUGAAUAGACAUGAUAACUACAGGGUGCAGAUCAUGAAGGACAAGAAAUGUGAUAGCCAAAUAGAAAAUUUUGAUUACUGGAAAGGUCCGCGGCCUCUCAGCCGCCAAAUUCGCUGAAAUAGAAGCGGCGCCGCUCAUUUCCGCCACGUGAUCGCCGUUAAUUACAGGCGGAGUAAGAGCGGGCCACCAUCUGUUGUCUCCGAAAACCGCUCUGUGAUUCUGUAGAUAUCUGAUCCGCUCGCAUACUCGAAAAAUGAGGAAGCGCAGGUUCGCACAGGUGCCGAUGAGCGACGACGAGGACGAUGCCCCUUGCGUCUUUGUACGGCCGAAAAGCUCCACCAAGGAGGCCGGCGGCGGCGGCGAUGCCGAGCUGAGCAGCAAGCGGAGGAGGAUCGUGAAGCCUCCGAGUGCCGAGGAUGAGGUGGAGGGAUCCAAGCGGGAGGUGGAGCACGAGAAGAAGGACGUGGAGGGUGCAGCAGGGUUGGAGGAGGAAGACGAGCAAGAGGACGAGGAAGAAGAGGAGGAGGUAGAGGAUGCGAAGCCGAUCGGCGAGCCGGUUAGGGUUUCUGGCAAGGGCAGAGGUCGCAGGGAGCACUACGAGGCUUUCGAGUACGACGGCAACCGCUACGAGCUUGAGGAUCCAGUACUUUUGGUUCCAGAAGAGAGAGAUCAGAAACCAUAUGUGGCUAUCAUCAAGGAUAUAACUCAAACCAAAAGUGGAAACAUGAUGGUGACGGGACAGUGGUUCUAUCGCCCUGAAGAGGCAGAGAAGAAAGGUGGUGGAAGCUGGCAGUCUCGUGACACAAGAGAACUAUUCUACAGCUUCCACCGUGAUGAAGUUCCAGCAGAAUCCGUGAUGCACAAGUGCGUGGUGCAUUUUGUCCCCAUACACAAGCAGCUCCCAACUCGCAAGCAGCAUCCUGGUUUCAUUGUCCAGAAGGUGUAUGACACAGUGGAGAGGAAGCUGUGGAAGCUGACUGAUAAGGAUUAUGAAGACAACAAGCAGCAUGAGAUUGACCUUCUCGUUCAGAAGACUUUAUCACGUUUGGGAGAUCUUCCUGACAUUGAGCCAGAGGAGGUUAAUCCUGAACAAGAAGAACCACAGUUGAAGAGCAAGAGAAGUUUCCGGAGAAGAAACAUGUCACCAAUUGACGUGUCGAGGGAGGAAGAUGCAACAACACAGCAACUCAGAGCAGAAACACCAGGAAGCUGCCUCAACAGUGCAUCAGAACAUGUCGCUAUUUUAGCAAAGUUCAAUGCGCUAACUGGAGAUACACAUCGGGACAAGUGUUUGGAGAAGCUUCUUCAAGGAGUACAGUACGUCUGCAAUCCUGAAGGAAGUAAAAAUGAAGGUGAUAAACGCCUGGUAGGUUCUACUGGAUCUGUGGAAAAGGAGACCAAGGAUAAUAAACGUUUGGUUUGGCCUGAUGAUGCGGUUUCUGCUGUAACUGCCCUUGAGAAGGCUUCACACGAUGCUCUUUCUUCAGAUUCUCAAAAAUAUAAUCAGAAGUUGAGGCAGCUGGUGUUCAAUCUGAAGAACAAUGCCGUUCUCGCUCGCCGCCUCCUGAAUGGAGAAUUGGAACCUGCAAAGAUACUCAACAUGUCACCGACUGAAUUGAAGGAGGGCUUGACUGCGGAGGAGACUGCAACAAAGGAGCCUGAAGAAUCAAACCAAAUGCAGAUGACGGAUUGCAUCUGUUCAAGAUGCAGAGAGUUCAAAGUUGGCGUGAGGGACAUUAUCCAUGCUGGGCAUGGAGACCGUUACCAGCUCGAGUGCACUUCCUGUGGGCACUCCUGGUAUGCAUCGAGGGAUGCCGUCUCAAUGCUGACCAUUGAUGGGCCAGGUGCGGCCACGAGUGUGGGUGCUGCCCCAUGGGCAACAGCCAAGUUUGAGAAUGUUGAAAAGCAGCUCGCCAGCCCCCGUGGUGAGUCGGGGAAACCGUCUGCAGCAAAUGAUGCUUUCAAGAAAGGCAGCGAACCCUUCAUGCCGGUCUUGGAGAGGCAGAAGUCCAUGGGAAAUAGACCCACUAGUAAAGCAACAGACGAAGGGUCCGAGACCUCAAAAAAGGGCGAGUAGACAGUAUAUCCUCUAGUAAACCUGCCUGAACCGGUGUAUAAUAUCCAAUUAUGUGGUUUCGUGAUUUGCUGGACGACCUGAGUGAGUGGCUUUGCUGGUGGAGUCAAUGCCACUUUCUUUAUAGUGCUGGCGGUGUAGAGAGGGAUUGUAGUAGAGAGUACAUGAUGUACAGUGACUAGUCAGGGCUUUUAUCGAGAUUUAGGAAUAAACGUAAUAGUUACUUUCACAUAUGUGCAUUAUACUUAAUUAGUUUGUAGGAUGCUAGAUCUCCAUGGGGUGAAGAGGCUUAGUCGAUUUUGCCCGUGUUCUGAGUUGCAUGUUCUCUGAGAUCCUGGUCGCCGGGUUGCCCGUAGUAAAUACUAUGUACGAUGACCUUCAUGAUGGUUCUAAUGGUAGAAGUAUUCGAGACUAGCACGUUUGUGAGUUCAUCUCAAGAAUAAAAAAGGCUUAUUAUUACAUCCAA